AUGCAUUUUCAGGUACUUGAGACCACUUCAAAUGUUGAGGUGAUGGAGCAGGUGCUCUCUGAAUUGGAGCAGAGCCCUAUGGCUCCAGAGGCAGCCCUGGUGGUGUUGCAGCGAGUGGUGACCGCUUACGAAUCACUGCCUAGUCGUUUACAGGCGAUGUUGCGGCGGCUGUGUGGCAAGUCGAGCGUUCUGAUGUCGCAGGUGGUAGUAGCUGCGCAGCAGGUGCGUGGCCGUCCGGAGGCAGGGAUCUAUCAGCGAGUGCUGCGUGAGACGCUGGAAAGAGAGCCAGGUGCGCUGGCCCACCAGCUCGCGGGAGGAGGGCCCACGCAACGGCGGCUAGUUACUGCGUUGUUUUUUGGUAGUAGGGUGUUCAACGUACUUGCCCAUACGCUAAGUGCGGCGGCAUACGUCAGUCUGCUGACGCCCCAGCUGCAGACAUGGUUUGAGAAAGGUGCAGGCGCCCCCGAGGAUGCAGAGGUCCUUGUGGCGCUGUUGAGGUUCCAUCCUACGCAAGCAGCAGACGCGCUCGUGGAUCUAGUGCUUUGCGAAGUCCGAUGGCAGAUAUUUUGCAAGAUCUGCAACCAGCGUGUGGGCGUGGUGCAACGCCAGCUGGUCAACGGUUUCCUUCUGCGGACAUUAGGCCGCCUUGUGGAAGCUAGCAAUGUCCAGGCUGCAUACGAUCUCCUGUUAACGCUGGAUUACCGUCUUUUUAACCUGCUGGAGCUGCAUAAGGUAAACUCGGUGCAUCUACAAAGCGCUAUAGUGCAGGUGCUGCCGGAGAGCGGUUGCGAAGCGCUGCUGAAGAUAUGCCUCGGGAUGUUUGGCACCCCAGAUACAGAUGACGAGAAGAGAUGCAACCUCUUUGCUAUCCUUAUUGCGCGUAUGGCCGGUCCUGAACUAGAGAAGAUCGUCCACGACCAACAAUUCCUGAGCGCAGUAACAUUUAGGCUAGCGUCCGAAGAUGGGGCGGUACGCGAUCGGACGAUGUCGAUUGCCAAGGCUGUUGCAGGUGAGUCGCUGAAGUAUGAAGCCGCGCAUAUCAAGCUGCCCGUCCCACCACUGCGUCCCAAGGGCACCAUAUGCUUCGAAGAGAUCACAACUCCGAGAGCGAGCGCCUAUGUCAAUAAUUCUGCCGUUGAGCCUCAACUUGGUGCUCUCACACUCGAGGAUAGUGACGACAGCGAUGUAGACAGCGAUGGUGAGCGGCGCGGAAGAGAAAUCGUGUUUCUGAAAGACCUCCUGGUGGAGCUGGAGGCACCAGAUCUUUCAGAAAGAGGCCCGCUACGGCUGCUGAAGCUUACAAUCAAGCUCGUGCGGCAAAAGCAAGCUUUUGUGAGCGAGGUGUCUUUCUACGCGCCCGCGAUGCUGACCGCCGUGGCGACCAUCUCAAAUUCGCAGAGCGAACAGGAUUUUGAAGAGUACCGCAUAAAUGCGCUUGUCAGCCUCCUGGUUGCUGUGCCGGAAAAGGUCACCGAUCUGUUGCACCUGCUAUUUCAGGCAGAUUUGUCGCUGCAGCAGCGCAUGGCCAUACUAUCUGCUUUGGCGCUCGCUGCGCGCGAGUUGCGGGGGCUGGAAGACAAAUACGUGCUCAAACCCGUCUUUGAUUUCCCCACACGCCGCCUGCCCAGAAAUGACGCACCAUCAAGAGCCCUUGAAAGCCGCGAAUCCGGUACAAGCUCCGAGGGGACCAUCUCUGCACACCACACCGUCUGGCGGUCGCGCAAACUUGACUCAGCGCCAGCACCAGAACGUCCGAACGCCUUUCGGAAGCAUGCACCUGCGUUUUUCUUCCCGCUGGCGCACGCGUGGCUGAAUGGCAUCGACCUGGGCACUUUUGACGCCCUGUUCAAAAAGCACUACCUAAGCACCCUGCGCCUUAUUCUUGCAGCCGCCAACCCGCAUGCAGAAUUUGACCGGAUGUCCGAACUCAUGAGCUACGUUUUGCAGGACGCUGAGGCGCACGAUAUCAGCAUUGAGUAG